AUGGUACAUCAUCGUAUUUUUGAUGUGUCAGAACUGGUGUCCCACAUCGCCGAGUUCCUCGCUCCUCAUGAUCUUACUGUCUGUCUCCGUGUCAAUCGCCUCUGGUUCGAAUGGUUCAUCGAGCCGCUUUACCGGAGUAUUCACAUUUUUGACUUUGAUUACUUCUCCAAAGACCUCGGUUACGGCCUCGCCUCUCGAACCCAUGGAGCCAGACAUUUCGAGCUUGAAGAUAUUCCUUAUUGUGACCAAUCUGAAGUCGGUUAUGGUGGGAGUCGAGUAUAUAAGUACUCAUACCUGACAAAAGCCAUAGCUGCAGCCAACGUGCACUCCUUCCAGUACCUAGGCGACGGAUGCAGCAAUCUAACUCACGCUCUGGUGAUCGAGAAUCCGCAAGACUUCUGCUCAGAUGGCUAUAGUGCAUGUCCUCAGUUCCAAUUCGAACUAGAGACAUGGUGCGAAUACUUUGGUGCCGUGACCGCACCGCGCACUGUCGAGAUAUGGGUGGACUUGAUAACAAGGAACCCAUCAUUGACCUGUGUGCGCAUCGACCUGUCGAGUGUUCAAGAAGGUAUCGAAAAGAUCGCCGAGGCGCUGGGCGGCCUUGGUCAACUGAAGGAGGUUUGCGUCUCCAGGGCGGUACAGAGGGAUGCUGCGCAGGUUCUAUUGGAUCAUUGCUCCGAUAUCGAUACCUUGGUCUGGCUAUCACGUAGGACUUGUCGGCAGCAUGUGGAUAUCAUUCAUCAACCCACUCAGAUCAUCCAUUUAAAGUUCGAGGGUUCCUAUGUCGACAAGUGGUUGGUGGUCUACAUGAUCAAGCGGUGCCCCAGACUUAGACGACUUACACUCCCGCCUUAUACCGCCCAGAGCCUGCUCUUGACCAUCGCCACUGCCAUCAGGGACUCGGACUGCAGCUCAACCCUUCAGCUUCUGGAAUUCGACGGACUCCCAGCCCCAGGGAAAGAUCAAGAUAGUAUAGUACUGGAGCAGGUCCUCACAGCAAGCGAUCAACUCCUAGAGGUUUCUUUGAAGCGAGCUCAGAGAGACUUCGCUGCCGUAUUCUACCUGAGAAGCUUCGGACUACGCGCUCGACUCGAGGUAUUCUCGUACCACACCCGCUUCCUCGAAGUUGAACUGGACCUGACCUUGGCCGUCCUUGAGAUCUGUCCAAAUUUACGCGUGUUUGAGCUUGAGAACGCAUCCGUGAAUGUGGACCGGUUCCUUCGUAUCCAGUGGGGAUGUCGCGCAACGAUAACAAGGCUGAGGAUCAGUAUUAGCUGCAAUGAGAUCCAAGCUGCGUCAUUCUACCAGGAAGUGGAGCUCGAGGAUCCGUCUAACGUUGUUGUCGCUGACAGACGCAUGUUCUUGCAGGAGAGAAUCCUUGAGAAGCUAACGCAGCUGAGCGUGUUGGAGGAGUUGCAGUUGAGGCCGACGCGCCUAAACUUCAGCGUGCUUUCGUUCCCGAUUAAGGUGGACGGAGGUACCAUGCUACAGAUGCAGAGAUUGAAACGUCUACGGGUGCUAAGCAUCCUGGGCAUUUGUCAUAUUUAUUGA